GCGGAAUUUGCGAUCAUGGUGGACGACGAACUCAGCGUCGCGGGGCUGCGCAACCUCGGCAACACGUGCUACUUCAACGCGGUGCUGCAGGCGCUCGCAUCUUCCAAGCGCUUCGUCGCCCACCUCGAUGAGAUCUGCCCCAUGGACGAUGACGACGAGGCCACGCCUGGCGACGACCGCUGCCUCGCGUUCACGUCCGUGCUGCAGCACUACCUCCAUGAGCUCUCGCCACGCCCACGGUCUACCAUCGGCGGCGCGGUCGAGCCGCGCCUCUUGAAUGCGCAGCUCGGCAAGAGCAUCCAGGGCUUCCGCGGCAAUCGCCAACAGGACGCAGAAGAGUGGUUUCAGCUCAUCAUGGAGCUCUGCGAAGACGAGUACAAGAAGACGCAGCCGAAAGGCUCGCUCUUUGACUUGAUCGGGCGCGCGCCGGCCGAGAGUCACAACCCGUUCUACGGCCUCAGCGGCACGCUUCUCGAGUGCACGCGCUGUCAUAUGCGCAAGCCCAUGUGGACAGACCGAUUCCUCGACCUGAAGCUCUCGCUCUGCGGCAGCAUGGACGGCCGCCACGUUUUCAACCACCUCCGCGAGUCGUGGCGCCACUAUACGAGCAUGGAGCGCAUCGACGGCGUCGAGUGCACCAACUGCACGCUGCGCGCGCUUCUUGCAGUCGUCGAGGAGCAGCGCGACGCGCUGGCGAGUGGCGAUCCCAUGGAGUUUGUCGACGUGCCCUCGCUCUGGGAAGGCGGCGACGCCCGCAACGUGCUUCGUGCGGACGUGCUCGAGUGGCGACAGAACCUUCUCGAUAUCCUCGGGACGCGCCUGGCGUCGACCAAUGGCGUGUGCGACUUGGACAUGGACGGCUCGGGCUGGACCGACGACGAAGGUCUCUGGCUCGACAAGAACGGGAUCGAGGACCCGCGCGCGUGCCGGCGGACGUACGCGCCCUUCUUACGCCAUAUCCGGCUCAUGCGGUGCCCGGACGUGCUUGCGUUUCACAUCAACCGCAACGUCUUUCUGCAAGAUGCCAUGGUCAAGCUCGACUCGUACCUCCGCUUCGAGUCGACGCUCCUGGCGCAAGACUUGCUCCUCGACGACGACACCAAAGACCACACUUAUGAUCAACUGGUCUACGAUGCGAUCGCAGUGAUUGUUCACCACGGCAACGAGCGGGGCGGGCACUACACGUGCUACCGCCGCUUGGCACCUCGUCGGUGGGUCCACGUCUCAGACGACCGUGUCCUCGAUGUACCGACCUCCGAAGUCGCCCGCGCCAAAGCCUACAUGCUCUUUUACGAGCGCCGAUAGAAAAAACAUUUUGUUUCAACACACGCCAACGUACAACAGCUA